AUGGCCACCACUGCAAUGGAUUACGAGACUGCCAACGGAGAUCGUUUUGAUGACGACGGACCCCGUUACGAGCGCGAUCAACGAAGUGCUUCUCCCCGUGCUUCUCGCGAUGACGGUAUUGACACUCGCCGCCGCUCUGCUUCUCCGGCUGGCAACCAGGAUCGUGCUCCCAAAGAGGAGAAUGGCAGCAGGGACGAAGACGGUUCCGUUAACCCUGGAUCUAACCUUUUUGUGACCGGAAUCCAUCCUAGGUUGACCGAGUCUGAGGUUACCCGUCUUUUCGAGAAGUACGGCGAGGUUGAGAAGUGCCAAAUCAUGAAAGACCCGCACACUAAAGAGUCUCGUGGUUUUGGUUUUGUUAAGAUGGUCACAUCUGAGCAAGCCGACGCGGCCAAGGAUGGGCUCCAGGGAGAGGAGAUUGAGGGCCGAACUCUGAGCAUCGAGAAAGCUCGCCGAGCUCGUCCUCGAACUCCCACCCCUGGCAAGUACUUCGGCCCGCCGAAGAGAGAGGGCCGCCCUCGUUAUGAUGACCGACGCCGUGGUGGUGGUUAUGGUGGCUACAGCGGUCGUGAUGACCCGUACCGUUACCGAAACCACGACCGUCCUCGCUAUGAGGACCGCGGUGAGCGUGGCUACCGCGAAGACCGCGGAUAUGAUCGCAAUUACCGUGAUGGUCGAGGUGGUGGUUACAAUGGCCGUGAGGAGCGAGGUUAUGACCGCAACUACGAUCGUAGUUACAGCGGACGAGAAGAUCGACGUGAGCGUGACGAAGGAUAUGGACGAAUCGAUCGAUAUGCUGGUGGUCGUGAAGAGCGAGAUCGCUAUGGACCUCGAGGGGGAGGUAGCGGUGGCGGUGGAGGAGAAGACCGACGUGCUGCAGGUUACGAGCGUGACCGUUAUGAUCGUCCUGACAGAGACGCUGCUCGAGCUCGCGACCCGGCUCCGUCUGGUUACGGCGAAACUGCUGCUCGACCCGACGCCCGCGAGACAUACGGAGGAAACGAUCGUUACACGCGCUGA